AUGUGGGCCCUGCGGGCCGCCGUCCGCCCGGGGCUGCGGCUCUCCCGUGUAGGCCGCGGCCGCCUGGUUUCCAGGGCCGCACCGCCGCCGCCCUGUCCCGUGCGCGCGCUCGCCGCCACCGGCCGUUAUGGCCCGGGGGGCCGGGAGGGGCCGGGGAGCGCUGAGCGGAGUAAAGCGAAUGGUCGGACCACACGCGCGGGAGAGGACGAGGAAGAGCCCGAAGAUGAGGGAGAGGAGGAGGAGGAGGAGGAGGAGGAGUUGCUCAGGAGCGACCCCCUGCUGCCGGCCGGGACCCAGCGCGUGUGCUUGGUUCACCCUGAGGUCAAGUGGGGACCCGGGAAGCCGCAGCUGACCAGAGCCGAGUGGCAGGUGGCAGAAGCCCGGGCUCUGGUCCACACGCUGGCUGGCUGGUCUGUGGUGGAGACCAUGGUGGUGUCCACCAAAACGCCUGAGAGGAAGCUCAUCUUUGGCAAAGGGAACUUUGAGCACCUGACAGAAAGAAUCAGAGGGUCUCCAGAAAUCACGUGCGUGUUCCUGAACGUGGAGAGGCUGUCCCCGCCCACCAAGAAAGAGCUGGAGGCCGCCUGGGGCGUGCGGGUGUUGGACCGCUUCACCGUCGUUCUGCACAUCUUCCGCUGCCACGCGCGCACCAAGGAGGCCCGGCUGCAGGUGGCGCUGGCCGAGAUCCCCCUGCUCAGGUCGAACCUGAAGCACGACGCGGCUGUCCCGGACCGAGGCGGCGGGGGCUCUCGGUACAUCAUGGGGUCCGGAGAGUCCUUCCUGCAGCUGCGGCAGCGCCUCCUGAGGGAGCAGGAGGUGAAGCUCCGGAGGGCCCUGGAGAGGCUGCGCAGGAAGAGGCAGCUCCUGCGGAGGCAGCGCGCCAAGCGGGAGUUCCCGGUGGUCGCCGUGGUCGGGUACACCAACUGCGGGAAAACCACACUGAUCCGGGCCCUGACGGGUGACGAGGCCGCGCAGCCUCGGGACCAGCUGUUUGCCACACUGGACAUCACGGCCCAUGCAGGAUCCCUGCCCUCGCGCAUGACCGUCCUCUACAUGGACACCAUCGGCUUCCUCUCCCAGCUGCCCCACGGCCUGAUCGAGUCCUUCUCUGCCACCCUGGAGGAUGUGGCCCACUCGGAUCUCAUUGUGCACGUGAGAGACGUCAGCCACCCCGAGACGGAGCUGCAGAAAGUCAGCGUCCUGUCUGCCCUGCAGGGCCUGGGCCUGCCCGCCCCUCUGCUGGACUCCGUGGUCGAAGUGCACAACAAGGUGGAUCUGGUUCCGGGGUACCGUCCCCCAGACCCGAGAGCAGUGGCCGUGUCCGCCCUCCUGGGACAGGGGCUGGAGGAGCUGAGGGUGGGGCUGGAGGAGGCCGUGCUGAGGGCCACCGGGAGGCAGGUGCUCACCCUGCACGUCAAGCUGGCCGGGCCGCAGCUCAGCUGGCUUUACAAGGAGGCCACGGUGCAGCAGGUGGACGUGCUGCCUGAGGCCGGGGCAGCCCACGUGAAGGUCAUCAUCAGCACCUCGGCCUAUGGCAAGUUCCGGAAGCUCUUCCCAGGAUGAACUUGCCUGCGCUGGGCACUGUGUGGCUUCCGAACUGGAAACAAGUGGCCGCCGCCUCGCUGGCUGCACCCCCACCCCGUCCACGGCCGAGCAGGGCCGGCGGUCGGCCCAGCCUGCACCCCUGCCGCAGCUGGUCAGCCUGUGGUGUCCUUGCUGCUAUUAAAGUCCAUGUCAGGUGUGCGAACAGCA